AUGCGCAUUAGAGGAGGUGAGGACAGUGUCGGAAGAAGGCACACACCGGCUGCAACGGAUGCGCUGGACGUCCGGGUUGCUGCGGUGCCGUUAGUUCGACCCAUACAAUAUGCGCGUCUUUCCUUGACGGUGGCCUGUGCGGCAACGGCACCAGUCGGAACAGUGUCGGUGCAAUUUCUAGUGGCGGCUGAUGACCGUGGCGUUAGUGUAUCAGCGAGACUCCAUAAGAAAGGAAAAGCGGUGAAAAAGGUGAAAAGGCGAGUGAGAUUACCGGUUAGCAUCAAGGAUUUGGAACAGCUCAAGUAUUUCUCGGGCAUGAAAAUAGCAUAUAGCACGAAAGGGAUGACUUUGUAUCAGAAGAAGUACACCACAUAUUUAAUUGAAAAAUUUGGCUUACUUGAUGCCAAACCUGUGUCGACACCAAUGGGCUACAUAGUUUAUCUACCCAAGACAUAUACGGAAUCCAUGGUAGAUCCAGCAACACAUAGCAAGCAGCAAACAGUCUCCCGCUCUUCAUCCGAGGUCGAGUACCGCGCAUUAGCGAAUGCGACUUAUGAAGGGUUAUGGCUUGUCCGCUUGUUAAGGAUUUUUGGUGUGAAUCAUGAGAAGUCGUUCACGCUGUAUAACGAUAGCCAAUCUGCACUUCAUAUGGCUGCCAACCCUAUUCUUCGUGAGCGUACCAAGCACGUUGAAGCCGACUGUCAUAUCGUGAGCAACAAGGCCAAUGAAGGCACCCUGAAGUUGUUACCCGUGACCUCUGCCAACCAGACAACGGACUUUCUCACCAAAACAUUGGUCCAUGACCAUUUUCUUCUUGCUGUGGCAAACUAG